UUUGUACGGACAGCCAAGUUGACCCACGGGAUCCUCUCUUCCAGGACGAUGAUCAGAGAUAGCAAGGAGAUGGCUCCUCUCAUGGGAAGCAAGAAAGCAAAUCCGCCGGGGACCCCGCCGACAGCUCCCCAAGAGAAGAAAAGCGGAAACAGUUCCACGCGCUCAGAGGUGACACGCCAGACACUGAGGAACCCCACGAAGCCUGCAGAGGGACAAGGCAGCCCUCGAAAGUUGACCAACCCAGUAGCCGCAUGUUCCCACUUUUUUCUCGAGAUUGAAGCCUUCGACACCAAUGUCACACCAAGCCGGACGUCACCUCCCGUCUUCUCAAAGCCAAUGGACUCCAAUAUCCGCCCGUGUGCAUCUGCAAAUUGUGAAGAUAUGGACUCCCCACAGUCUCUCCAAGAUGACAUGACUGAAUAUACCCCAAAUGCAGACAGCUAUUGCACUAAUUCAUCUCAAAGCGCUCGGCAAAACAACCGCCGGAAAAAGUUGAAGAAGUAUCUGUUUCGGGCAGUGUCAGAGGGCAAUAUAGAAGAACUCCAGCACCUCCUUGCCGAAGUGAAGGAUCGGUCCCAUGCCUGCAGAAACCUGACAGUCCAAGACUAUCUGAUGAAAAAAAUGACCUCUUCUGACACAGGCAAGACCUGCCUAAUGAAAGCCUUGCUAAACAUCAACGAGAACACAAAGGAAAUUGUGAAAAUACUUCUCUCGUUUGCAGAAGAAAACCUGAUCUUAGAAAGGCUCAUCAAUGCUGCAUACACAGAAGAGGCCUACAGAGGACAGACAGCUUUAAACAUUGCCAUUGAGAGACGGCAGUAUGACAUUACUCAGACCCUGAUCGAGAAAGGAGCGGAUGUGAACGCCCAUGCACAAGGCAUCUUCUUCAAUCCUAAACACAAGCACGAAGGUUUUUAUUUUGGAGAGACACCCCUGGCGUUAGCUGCCUGCACAAACCAGCCAGACAUUGUCGAACUAUUAAUGAACAACAGCAAGACGGACAUCACUUCCCAAGAUUCGAGGGGGAACAAUAUACUCCAUGCCUUGGUGACAGUCGCAGAAGACUUUAAGACGCAAAAUGACUUUGUGAGGAAGAUGUACGACGCCAUCCUCUUGAAAAGCAGAAACCGGGAUUUGGAGACAAUGAAGAAUAAGGACGGUUUGACGCCUCUACAGCUAGCUGCGAAAACUGGGAAGCUGGAGAUUCUGAAAUACAUUCUCAGCAGAGAAAUCAGAGACAAGCCAAACAGAAGCCUUUCCAGGAAAUUUACUGACUGGGCUUACGGACCUGUGCAAUCUUCCCUGUAUGACUUGACAGAACUGGACACCACUUCAGAGAACUCCUUGCUGGAUAUUAUUGUCUACAAUACAAAUAUUGGGAAUCGCCACGAAAUGUUGGCGUUGGAACCUCUACAUUCCCUGUUGCGCAUGAAGUGGAAAAGGUUUGCCAGACACGUGUUCUUUGUCUCCUGCUGUUUAUACUUCAUCUACAAUGUGUUGCUGACGUUGAUCUCCUACUACAGGCCUCAAGCAGAAAUGGCUCCACCAUAUCCUCUGGGUUUGACUGAUGACCUCAGCUGGCUCCAGCUGACAGGACAAGUGACAGUGAUGCUGGGGGCCAUAUUUAUAGCAAUUAAAGAGAGCGUAGCUAUCUUCCUGCUCAGGCCUUCAGAUCUCCAAUCAAUCCUAUCUGAUGCUUGGUUCCAUUUCGCAUUUUUUAUACAAGCAGUCUUGGUUGUCUUCUCUGUCUGCUUGUACUUCUUCUCCUACAAAGAACACCUUGCGUGCCUCGUCUUGGCCAUGUCCUUAGGGUGGGCCAACAUGCUGUAUUUCACCCGGGGUCUGCAGUCCAUGGGAAUCUAUAGUGUGAUGAUCCAGCAGGUCAUCUUGCAUGACGUGAUAAAGUUUCUAGUGGUGUACAUUGUAUUUUUGCUUGGAUUCGGUGUAGCCCUUGCUGCCUUGAUAGAUGAUUGUCCUGAAAACAGUAAGUGCAGUAACUUCAGCACUUUAGGGAAUGUCGAGAUCGAACUCUUCAAACUCACUUUAGGCCUCGGUGACCUGGAGAUCCACGAGGAUGCAAAAUACCCCAUUCUGUUUCUGCUGCUCCGCAUCUCCUUCGUCAUCUUGACCUUCGUUCUCCUCCUUAACAUGUUGAUCGCGUUGAUGGGGGAGACGGUGGAAGAUAUAUCCAAGGAGAGCGAACAUAUCUGGAGGCUUCAGAGGGCAAGAACUAUUGUGGAAACAGAAAAGAUCCUGCCAAAAUUCCUGAGGAGAAAAUUCCAGCUCGGAGAAUGGUGCAAAGUGGCAGAGAAUGAUACCAGGUUAUGUUUAAGGAUUAAUGAAGUCAAAUGGACUGAAUGGAAAACACAUGUUGCAUUCAUCAAUGAAGACCCAGGUCCAACAGAUUACAGCAGAAUGCACGACGCAUCAAGGAGUAAUAGCAAGACCACUCUGAAUACGUAUGAAGAAAUUUAUGAUUUGCCAGAAACAUCUGUGUAACGAAAGAACACAAGAAGAGCCUACUGCAUCAGGCCAAUGGCCCAUCCCAAGUCCAGCAUCCUGUUCUCAGAGUUGCCAAUCAGAUGCCCCAAUAGGAACCCCUAGAGCUGCACAUUGGACAAUAUAAGACUAUCUAGACUCCUAGCAUAGUGACAGGGGUGCGGGCAGGAAAGACUUCUGCUGUUACUGCUGCUAUUCCUCACACAGCCCAGCUUUCACUUCCAGAGCUUGGCUGAACUGGUUUCUUGUGGAAAUGAUAGGCAUCACUGUGGACAGAA